GUUUAAGAUAUUUAUUUUUUGAUACUAAAUUUAAAAUUUCAGAAAGAUACGUUAAGAUUUCGAUUUACAGGACAAAUUUCAAUCUUCUUUUUGCUCUCCUAAAAAAAGUGGUUUUUGCAGAUUGUCUACUUGACCACUGGACCGACGAUAUGGUCCAAAUGAGCCGGAUUUAUCAAAAAUCUAGUGACCGCGUGCGCCGCCAUUGCGAGAACAUUAGUAUUCCAGAGAAGAUUAUCUUUGCUAACAUCGUGCGAGUAACUAAUAAAUCAUUAGCAAAAUAAUCAUUCAAAUCUACAUCAAUAUUGUUUGGAUUUUGGAGUUUCAACGUCUACACAUUUGUACAUCAUGGAUGCGCUUCUGGCAUAUCAAAAGGAAGUGCUGGAUAACCUAAAAAAGUCGGAGAAAAACUUUAAAAAGACACCUAAAGAUCGGAUCAAGAAACCAUACUUAGAAACCAGACUGGACAAUUUGGAAGAAGCCCUGCAAGCCCGCAAGAUAGGACUAUCUUGCGUCAUCGAGUGGAACUUCGUCCGUAACACCGAAAAUAAGUGCUGAACAAACAGUUAGUGAGUGCGAGGUUAAAUUACCACGUGUGCAGUUACCUACGUUUAGUGGUAAAUAUGUUGAGUGGCAGUCGUUUUAUGAUAUGUUUAAUUCGCUUGUGCAUACUAAUAGGAAUUUGUCUCCAGUACAAAAAUUGCACUAUCUUAAAAGUAACCUGUCAGGUGAGCCAGAAACUUUGUUACGUAAUUUUUCUAUAACUAAUGAUAAUUAUGACGAGGCUUGGAAACAGUUACUUAAACGUUAUGAUAAUAAGCGGUAUAAUUGUAAUGCACUUAUGAGAUUAUUGUUUACGCAAAAACCGGUUACUAGUGAAUCUUCUAGUGCCAUAAAGCAUUUAUUAGAUACAACUACAACUUGGAGUUCCGUAGCGGCACUCGUGCGGCCCGGUCGUGUUUUCGUCGCGUUUCGCUGGCUAUCGCUCGCACAGCUGUUACGUAGCAUUUAACAACACGUGCAUUAGGUGUGCGCCGGGCCUCCCGGUUGCACUGCCUGGUAAAUAAUAAUUAUGGAUAAUAACACUAGCGCAUCACCGCGUUGCGUUACGCCGAUUUUUAUGAUUGACAGCAAUUCAGAGAAUAAUACGCCUCUUGUAAAUGAUAUUGCUGAUCGAAGUGAGCCUGAGACCAAUGAGGUAUUGUUGAGAGCAUCCAAGAGAGAAAGAGAGGGGAGUACGGAGGAAGACGAGACAUGUACAGAUGUAAAGGGAAAGAAGAAAUUACGAUACGGUAGCAAUAAUACAUUUAAAGAAGAAAUGAAACAUCAAGUUUAUAUAUGUAGUAAGGAACGUCUUCCUAAGCAAUUUGCAAUGGCCCGGAUUUUGAAAGAAAAUAAUAUAACAAAGGUUAAUUAAGUCAAGUACUUAAGUUCUUUUAAAAUUCGCCUGCAAUUUGAGUGUGAAGGAGCUGCACAGAGUCUUUUUACUUGCGAGAAGCUUUUAGAGAAAGGUUGGAGAUUCCAAAAGGCCACAGAAUUAUCUGUUUGUUAUGGUCUGAUCAGAGAUGUCGACCUUGACCUUGCUGAUGAUGAGAUUCUUCAAAAUAUAUCGUGCCCGGCCCCAGCUAAGCUAAUAUCAUUUCAGAGGCUUAAUCGACGAAAUAGAGAUGAAGGCGGUUGGUGCCCGAGUGAAACCCUUAGAUUAUGUUUUGACGGCAGCUACUUACCAGCAACUGUUCGCGUAUGCGAUAUCAACGUAAGGGUUUUCCCCUAUAUACAUCAGGUAUCCCAAUGUUCGCAAUGCUGGAAAUUAGGCCAUACCCGUAAAAUGUGUCCUUCCAUAUUGGAGAAACAAGAAAAAACCUCUUCUUGUUUCGAUACACGAUGUUUUAAAUGGAGAACUAAUUUACUGUAGCAAGACGGUUCACAUGUUUGCCAUGGAUACUUGGGUCAGCAAUAUAGACUUAUCAAAUAUUGUAAAACCGGUUUUGGAAUCUAUUGAUAGGCCAAAGCGUUGUUUUAAUAUUCAUCAACAGUAUUUUGCAACCAAUGGAUCAAAGUGUGAUUAAAAGUCUAAAGGGUCACUACAAACGGAAAAUGUUGAUGGAACUGAUCGAAACUGACGGCAAGGUCUCGAUUAACAUGUUACAAGCAGUGAACUUUAUAUCAAAAGCCUGGAAAGAGGUAACUGCAGCCACUAUCCAACAUUCUUUUCGUCAUGCUGGGUUAUGUAGUAGCCAGACAGUAGAAAUGGAUCAAUUUGAUAGUGAAGACAAUCUACCGCUGAGUGAAUGGAUAAGCCAGUUCAACAUACCUGACAAUUUUAACAAAGAUCUACAAUCGUACGAAAAUAUAGAUGAGGACCUAGCCACAACCGAUUCACUUACAGAUGAACAAAUUGUUGAUUUAGUUUCAAAAAGUAAGGAAAACCGCAAUAAUGAUGAUGAAGAAGAUGAUCAAGUGGACGAAGCCCAAUCACCACCAACUAUUCAACAAGCGCUAGAUGCUGCUAAGUUGAUAGAAACAUGUUUGUUGUUUAAUCAAGAUGAUUCCACCACAUAUCUAGAUAUGAAUAGGAUACAUAAGAUAAUACAAAACAAGUACUGGCAUAGCAAAAAACGUCAGACAAAGUUAUACGGACUACAUGUGUAAAUAACAAUAUAUGUACAUGCAUAUUUUAUCUAAGACUUAUUAAACAUUAUUGUAAAUUUGGUUGUUUUAUUUGUUCACUCUAUAUAACGAUAACUCUCUAUAACGAUGAAAAAUGCUCAGUCCCUUGAGUUUCGUUAUAGAGAGUUUACACUAUUUCAAAAAAUCUAAUAUUGCCACACUGACACUUCGCAAAGAAAAAACAGAUAGAAACCCAGAUGUAGAACCAUUACAAUUGAUACAGGAAGUUCCAACCCGCUGGAAUAGCGUUUAUUAUAUGAUUAAAAGAAUUUUAAAAUUAAUUGACAGUAUAACCGCGGCGCAAAGAAAACUGCCCCAAGCACCUGAUAUAAUUAGCCCAGAAGAAGAAAAUAUUUUAAAAGAUAUAGUGAUUUUACUAGACGUAUUUGAGCAAGCCACUCAGAUGAUAAGCGGAGAUCAAUAUCCGACAUCUAGUUUGAUAAUACCUAUUAUUUACGGGCUGUUCGAUAAUAUUCAAAGUUUGGGCCCCAGAGUCUCCACAACAAUUGGUGUAAUAUUUCUGGAAACACUCAAAGAAAAUAUGAACGAUCGUUUAUUGGAUUACGAAUCCCGAACUGUUUGUCGAAUAUCCACCACACUGCAUCCCGUUUUUAGGAAUGGCUUCAGACAAUUGAAUAAUAAAUUGGCUGGUAAAGAAGCCAUAAAGGCAAAAAUUAAUAAUAUUAUCCGAGUCAGAAACGUACCCCAAAGCCACAGACGCGUUAAGUAUGGCAAGUACAAGCGAAACAGGUCGCCCAGAAUUGCUAGGAUUUUUAAAAAAGAAUAUUCCUAACACAGAUUCCACGUCAGCCACAGCAACCAAUUUGAUAAAAAUGUUCACAGAAACACAAUUUCCACAUAUCAAUCAUAAUUGGGAUGACGUGGUUCAAUUUUGGAAUUUCAAUAAACAUUUGAAGCCUUUUUAUCUUACUGUGCCAGCAACUUCUGUUCGGUCUGAGAGAGUGUUUUCAGCGACAGGUCUUAUAUUAAAAAAUCAUUGGAUUUUUGUUCAAAUAACUACGCUGUGGCUUGGAAAUUACUAACCAAUAGAUUCGACAACAAUAAAUUAUUUAUUAAUCAACAAUCAUGUACGAUCGUUGUUUACGUUACCUACUAUGACUAAAGAAUCAUCCGUUCAACUUAGAAAAAUAAUAGAUUCAGUACUUAAAAACUUAAGGUCAUUAAAAAACUUAGGCGAGUCCACAGAACACACGUAAGUCGUCUUUUAAAUAACAACCAAACUCGUCCUUAUCCUAACACCUGACAAAAAUGGGAGAAUAAAAAGAACACGUUCGAAAAGGACUACAAACCCAAACUAGAUGACAUGAUUGAAUUAUUAAAAAACCGUUCGGAUGUCCUUGACAUGUUAAAGGCUUAUGCCCGAAUACAGAAUCGUCCCUCAAAUAUUUAACGGCUGCUCAAAUCAUUGAGCACGCCGUUAAAUUCUAGUUUGGUAUGCUCAAACGUCAGUUAUCUAUUUAGACCUACUUUUUUUUUUUAUUCGAUAAAAACUAAUGCUUGACUACAAUCCCACCUGAUGGUAAGUAAGUGAUGUAAUCGUUGAUGGUGAGGCGCACUAGUUUCUUAAGAGCCUAUUCACUCUAGACUUGAAGACACCCACAUUGUAAUCCGAUGGAAAAACCGCAGCAGGCAGAUUGUUGAUUGUUGUUUGUUACUUAAAAUUAAGCAAUGUUCAAAGCCCACUUAAAUGAAAAAACGGAAUACUGAAACGUUAAUUAACCGAUUCAUGGCCAAUGACUCAACAGUUGAGUCAUUAAAAAUCCUUUAGGGAGGCCGAUGACUCAACUGAUGAGUCGAAUCAAAAUUCUAGAAAAACAGAUAUUCAAAAAAAUUAUCACUUAAACUACCAUUUUUCAGACCUCAUUAAACAUUGGCGUGAACAACAGACCUGGCCCUUCAUUUUAGAGAAUAUUUUUAAUAGUCAGGUCUCAUAAACCUUUUGUAGAAGAAGUUAAAUCUACUUCGAUUUUUAAACAUACUAUUAUUUUGAUAUAGGUAAAGAAAGAAAACAUGUUUAUUUGGCACAUCAGCACACACAAUCAAAGUAUAAAUAGGUAGGAUGACAAACCUUAAAUCUAAAUAAGAAGCCAACCAACAAGAUAUAUUACAAACAGCCUAACAAAUGACGCAAAAAUACAUUUAACAUGGCAACAUUACGUUGCACCACUAGCGCCACAUGCGUAUGCGUUUUGCGGUAGCGUGUAUGAACUAUUCGACAAGCAUGUGUCAUUGUGACUGUCACGCGUUGUUUUGAGGCAGGAUACGUACAUCGUAUUUUGUUUUGAAGAUUUCCACACGUUUAUCCAAAGUUCCUGAUUUUUCUGACUAACCUGGCUGUGAUUCUUGGAUUUGUUAUUGAUUUCUUAUAUGUGACCUGGCUGCUGUACAUGGACUCUGUUAUUUAUGUGACUUUGAACUGUAAGGUGUUGCAUUACCUAUUGUGAUCUGGCUACAAGGAUUCCAAAUUUCUAAAUAUGGAUCAACCAUCCACGUCCAAACAAACAAUUGAAGACAUGUUGGGUGCAAUGGCAUCUCCAAGAGAAUGCAUAACAGUACCCGGUGAAUUUUCACUAACGGACCGAGACCUCUUUAAUAUUUUAGACGAAGGUACUUAUCCAGAAGUGCAUGAUGAAUGGAUAGACAUCAUCGAAGAAGAAGUUGUCACAACAGAAGUUAUAGACACUCAGCAAGCAGGUGUUGAAGCCUCUUCAAUUUGGAUACCAGGCAAUCCAACAGAACUUAACACAUUUUUAUUUACUGGAAACCCUGGUAUUAAACAAGCCAUGUCAGGUAGACAGCCUAUUAAUUAUUUUAAUCUGGUAUUUAAUAUGGAUUUUUAUACUCUUUUAUUGAUAUGUACGAAUAGAAAUGGAGAAAUUAUUAAAAGAAAUGCCAGCGGUCCUCAUGCAAGAUUUCGUAGAUGGCAACCAGUGACAAUAGAGGAGUUCAAGGUGUUUCUAGGUUUAAUCAUGCUUAUGGGUGUCAUUAAAUUGAAUAGAUUGUCUGAUUACUGGAAAAAACAUUAUCUUUUUGAUUUAACCUUUACCAAGUACAUGUCUAGAAAUAGAUUUUUUAUGAUUUUGAGAGCACUUAAUGUACAAAUGGAAGCAGGAAACCAAAGCCUAAAUAAAGUGAAAGCCUUGAUUGAUUUAUUUAAUAAAACUAUGGAAGACUUAUAUUACCCCGCUAGAGAGGUUACAAUAGAUGAGUCAAUGAUAUUAUGGACCGGUCGUUUACAUUUCCGUCAGUACCUUAAAAAUAAAGUCCAUAAGUAUGGUAUAAAAUUAUAUAUGUUAGCAGAAAAGCAUGGUAUUUGCAUGAAAAUACAUUUGUAUGCUGGGUCUCAAGACCAAGUCGUGGGAGGAAAAGAUCACGUAAAGAAAGUAAUGCGUGUUUUAAUGAGCAAUUACGUUCAUAAAGGCCACUCUUUAUAUGUGGAUAAUUAUUAUUCAAGUGUAGGCAUGGCUGAAGAAUUCUUAAAUAAAAACACUUAUAUAACUGGUACAUUACAAUUUAAUAGAAAAGGCAAUCCUGUACAAGUAAUAAAUACCCGAUUGCAGCCAAAUGAAGCAUGUAUUAUGCACAAUAGUAAUAACGUUACGGUCACAAAAUGGAGAGACAAGAGAGAAAUUAGUUUUGUAAGUACAGAGCAUAAUAGCGAAUAUAUACAAACACAAAAUAAAUAUGGAAACAUUUCCUUUAAACCAAAAGUGCAAGUCAAAUAUAAUAAAUAUAUGAGAGCGGUUGAUAAACAUGAUCAAAUGUUGAGUUACUAUUGUGCUGAACAUAAAACAUUAAGGUGGUAUAAAAAAGUUAUCAUUCAUGUAAUUCAAAUUAAUAUAAUCAAUGCCUUUUUAAUGUUUAAUUUAGACAGAGAAACAAAAAUUAGUUUGUAUGACUUCAGGCUUCAAAUGAUUGAGUUUCUCUUGCCUAAGAAACCAAGCGUAGAAAGACAUUCUGUGCCAGGUAGGGUUCAUGUUCCUGACCAUUUGCCUAAAACAGGUGGAAAAAAAUUAGGAAAAGAUGUAGGCAGUGUUAUAAUACAACAAAAAAAGAGUGCAAGUUUAUUUUGGUUGCCCAGAUUGCCCAGACCUUCCUGGGUUAAGUCUGGGGAAUUGUUUUAG